AUGGAGUUAGUUCUUACCGAGGAUGACUUGGAGGAGUUUUGCGCCAAGGUGGAGGGCAAGGACGGCGGGCCGGAGUGGCAGCCGAUGAUGGAGAAGACCGCUAAGGGGAUGCAGUACACGGGCUGGCGACGGGACCCCGAGCAAGGCCCCACGGAGUACCGCAGUCGCACAGUCAUGGAGCGGUGCUCGUCGGCGCUCAUGCGCGACUUCUUUUGGGACGACGAGUUCCGCGCGGCGUGGGACGACAUGCUCGUGCAGGCGCGCACCAUCACUGCGUGCGAGCGCACCGGCUUCCAGAUCGUGCAUUGGGUCCGCAAGGACCGCGAGUAUGUGAUAGCGCGGCGCAUCUGGUCGCACGACGACACAUUCUACUGCAUCACCAAGGGCGUGCACCACCCCGAGGUCCCCAAGCGCGACAAACCCCGCCGCGUCGAAGUCUUCUACUCCAGCUGGCGCAUCCGCCCCGUGAUUGGCGCCGAGGGCAGCAACGCAGCGGAGGUCAUGCUGUUUCACCAUGAGGAGAUGGGGCUGCAGAGGGAUAUAGCGAAGCUGGGCGUGCGGCAGGGCAUGUGGAGCGCUGUGAGGAAAAUGGAGCCGGCGAUUCGGAAGUAUGAGAAGCAGCGUGCGGAGGCGGCACGGCCGCUGUCCCGGUGUGUUUCGCUGGCAAAUCUGCACACGCCGAUUGUGCCGUCGCCGGGGAGUAGCCGGGACGGGGAGGAGGAUGGGGAGGAGGGUGCGGGAGGUGGUGGGGAGGGGAGUGGUGGGGUGGGGAGGAAGGGAGGGUUGAAGAAGAAAGGCGGGAUGGGGAUGAGGAAAUGGGUGAGCUUUUCAGAUUUGGCGAUGGCUGGGGAGGCGAGGAGGAGGGGAGGGGCAGAGGAGGAUGAGCGGAAGGAGGAGGAGGAGGAGGAGAGGGAGAAGGGAAGGAGGGUUGAGGAUCAAGCCGCAGAGGGGGAGGGGCAGGGUAGUAGUGGCAGGGCAGGCAGCAGCCAAGUCGUGGUUGCGAGUGGUUCAGGCAGUGCUGGUGCCCGGUCGCCAGGUGAAGGCUCAACCGUCGGAUCUGGAGAUGGCAGAGGAAGGCGACGGUCUGGAUCGGCCCAGCAGGAAAGAAGCGAUUCUUGUGAUCAGGAGAGCGAGGUGACAGUGAGGAGUGGCCCGGUUAUGGGCGGUGAUGCAAGGGGAGAGGAGAGGAGAGGGAAGGUGGGAGCGGUGAGGGUGGGAUGGGUGGUGGCGACAACUGCUUUGGCUUUUAUCUGUGGAGUGGAGGCAGGGGUGCGGAUGAAGCUGGUGGUUGCAGGGGCGGUGCAAAAUGUGGCUUCCAGGCGUGCUGCUGCUGCAGCUAGAAAGGAGAGAUUGCAGAAUUAG